AUGCACCUGAAAGCGUGGGUUAGCACACAGUGCUGGGAGCCUGGUGACGCCAUAACAUGCUUUGAUAAGGAGUAUGAACACAAGGGCGUGUGCUGCAAACGGUGUCAGCCAGGGGAAAAGCUGGUCUCCGAAUGCAAUGCCACGAAAGUCUCUGUCUGCAACCACUGUGAGAGCGGACACUAUCAGCAGGGCUGGACCAAGGAGAGGCACUGCACCCCCCACGAUAUCUGUGAGGACAACACUGGCCUCAUCGUGAAGACGCACGGAAAUGCAACGCACAACACGGUGUGCCAGUGCCGGGCUGGCAUGCACUGCUCCGACACCAGCUGCCAGACCUGCGUGGAGAACCAGCCCUGCCAGCAUGGCUUUGGCUUCGUGGCAGACAAGGCUGUCGCCCGGACAUCGUCCCCCUGCGAGCCCUGCGCAGAAGGCACCUUCUCCAAUGUCUCUUCUAAAACUGAGCCGUGCCGUCCCUGGACAAGCUGUGAGGAAAAGGGGCUGGUGCUGAAGGUGAAAGGGACGAGCACCUCGGAUGCGAUCUGUGAGUCGGGCAGGCGCUCCUCGCUGUCAGUGCUGAUCCCCAUCACGGCCGCAGUCGUCACCUGCCUCGUGGGCAUCUGCAUCUACUGCCUGGUCCACACAGAUGCCAGGCGACGGGCACGGAAGCAGCAGCAUGGGAUGGGAGAGGAGGUCCUGGCCGCAGGAGCCAGGGGAAGCCAACAGGCUCACGCCUGCGCCCUUCCUGGAGGUGGGGAGCGCCUGCACCCUGCGGUGCGGCUGCAUGGGCUGGUGAGGACAAAGCCAGUCCCACGCUCCCCACAAGCAACAUCGGGACCCCCCUCACCACAAGGCACCGGCACCCCGGGGGCCGGUUUACCGGGAUGA